AUGGGGUUAGGGAAGAACAUCAAUGAUGUUGGGAUGAAAAUUCUAAAUUCGUUGGGUCUGUGGUAUCCAGUUUCAAGGCAGGCAGAGGGGGAGAUUCAUCAUGAUCCUAUCUCCCAGAACAACUUUAGUCCUGAUGCAUCACAAGAUAGUUUAAUUGAUUUGAGUUCUCCACCAGUGUAUAAUGUUAAUGGCGAUGAUGUUCUAGAGAAUGCUAUCUAUAAGGCGAUAGUGGCCAUAUGUUCAAGAGAAUCAAGGUUAGAAUAUGUUCAGAACACUGUCAAUGAUCAACCAGGGAGUCUAUUACAACAUGUUGAAACUUUCCCAUCAUUUACUAACAAUCAUAAUGGCGGCGGCGGCAGUAAUGCCCGUGAUGAUGCUGUUGAGGUUGUUAUUACUAAACGAUGUGAAUCUGUGAAUACGAUGGCAUCAUUUAUCUGGUGGAUAAUUGGCUUCUAUUGGGUAGUAUCUGGUGGAGAAGUUCUUCUGCGGAGUGCUCGACGUCUAUAUUGGUUGGCUGUGAUAUUUCUGGCAUUCGAUGUGUUCUUCGCCAUCUUUUGUGUUGUUUUGGCAUGUUUGAUAGGGAUCGCUCUUUGUUGCUGCUUGCCCUGCAUUAUUGCCAUUCUCUAUGCCGUUGCAGGCCAGGAAGGUGCAUCAGAGGCAGAUCUCAGUAUCCUUCCAAAGUACACAUUUCAAAUCUCAAGUGAGGAGGAGAAGCAAAGUAUAGGAGCAGGUAGAAUGGUUCCUUUGGAAACACACAGUGGAUACUUAGCAAACGAACAGACUCUUUUACCUGAAGAUGCAGAAUGCUGUAUAUGUCUCAACUCAUAUGAGGAUGGAACAGAGCUGCAUGCUCUCCCCUGCAACCAUCAUUAUCAUUCAACAUGCAUUGUGAAAUGGCUUAAAACUAAUGCAACAUGUCCUCUCUGCAAGUACAACAUUCUCAAGGGAAAUGAACAGGUUUGA